AUGUUGAUAAGGACUAAGUGCAAAUACAGUUUGGCUGUAUUUAUUCGAGUGUUGUUUUUAGGACUUCCGUUCGCGCAUUAUGUCUUGUUCGCUGAGACUAAAGCAGACGUUAACAUAACAGGAGAACUCGAGUUCAAAUCCCGUCACCUUCUGGCCUUGGAAGUGAAUGGGCGGAACUGCACACCACCGGCUAUCUUAGAGUUUCCCCAGGACGGUCUCAAUAGAACUCAAAGACAACAUGGAUUUAUUUUGCUGCAUUGUGUCCUCGCUAUCUACUGCUUUCUCUUGCUGGGUGCGGUGUGCGAACAUUAUUUUGUGCCGGCCAUAGAGAUGAUUUGUGAACGUCUUCACAUGGAGUCAGACAUUGCUGGUGCAACCUUUAUGGCUGCUGCUAGUUCAAGUCCGGAGCUGUUCAUCAAUUGCGUGGGCACAUUCGUGACGGAAGGUGACCUUGGUGUUGGUGCGGUGGUAGGUUCAGCCGUUUUCAAUGUUCUGGCAGUUCCGGCAUGCUGCGCGCUGGUGGCUGGACGGGUUAUAGAAUUGGAUUGGUGGUCAAUCUCCAGAGAUUGUCUCAUGUAUGCAGUUGCUGUGUUGGCGUUAAUCUUAACUUUACUGGACGAUAUGGUGUACUGGCAUGAAGCUCUUCUACUUGUACUCAUGUACACCCUGUAUAUACUAGCAAUGGUUUUCAAUGGGCGUCUCGGAAGCUUCGUGAAGAGUGGUUGUUGUUCUUUUCGCAAGCCAAAACCCUAUACUGAAGUCACUCCGUUGCUGUAUAAAGAAAAGUCAAGGCCCUUGGAUGCUGAAAACCGAAUCACACCCUCUAAUCAGCGAAUUAACGACGUCGAACAAGGAGCACAAGUUACAAAAAGAAAUUCUACAGAUUCUGAAUCCAGCGUCAGUUCCCUGUGGUCUUGGCCAGGGGACAAAGUAUCUUCAACAAAGAAAUUCUUCUGGGUUGUCAGUUGGCCAUUGUGCCUUCUGCUUUGGAUAACGAUACCAGAUUGUCGACAGCACCCUCGGCUUUAUCCACUUACCUUCAUCAUGUGCGUUUCGUGGAUUGGUGGAGUCUCCUAUGUGGUUGCGUGGAUUAUUACUAUUAUUGGUGAUACACUGAACGUUCCAGACAGCAUCACAGGCCUGACAAUCCUCGCAGCAGGUACCAGCCUCCCGGAAGCGGUUUCAAGUGUUCUUGUCACCAACCAUGGUCAUGGAUCGAUGGGUAUCAGCAAUUCGAUUGGAUCGAACACCUUCGAUAUACUACUCUGCUUGGGCCUCCCUUGGCUCAUCAAAUCUCUAUUUUACCCAUGUAUUCCUGGCAACCAUUGGGUGAAAAUAAACUCCAGCGGACUCUCAUAUAGCGCUAUAUCUCUCUUAUCCACACUAUUCGCAUUAUAUGGCUCUCUCGCUCUCAAUAAAUUCCAGCUCGAUUGGAAAGUUGGUAUUACCUGUGCCAUUGUAUAUAUUGGUUUCCUUGCGUUGGCAGCUCUGAUUGAACUGAAUGUAUUGUUUGACGUAAACCUACCAAUAUGCCCACACUUUUAA